AUGAUGUCGGGAUGGAGGAGAUUAAGAGACAUAGCAUUGAAGGGAUCGAGGAGAGGUAACCAGCACCAGUUGCAAUUGCAGAAGCGGGAUUUCGUGAAUUGCCUUCACGUGGGCUCUUUUGUGAAACGGAGGGAGUCUUUGAUUGGAGUGCAGGAGAGGUACAAGUGGAACCGCGGAAGCGCUGGCGAUGAGUAUCAAACUCGGAAACUUAAGGCUGAGGCCAAUUGCCCGCGUUGCUCCAAGCAAAUGGAUCUACUCUUUACAAUCCGCCCCCAUAACCUAAUUCCACCCUCUUCCAAUCCCAGUUCCCCCUUCGAUUAUAUCGAUGCAACUUCUAUUAUUACCACUAAUAAUAGUGAUAAUUCUACCGCUGCACACACUAAUGAUAACAGUAAUAAUAGUAACUCAAAAGAUGGAGGUGGAGGUGGAGUUAAUGCUUUCCAGGCGUUGAAUCUGUGCCCCAAUUGUAAGAUGGCUUAUUACGUUAGGCCAUACAAGAUGUCGCCUCUUCAGGGAAGUUUCAUUGAGAUUGGGACUGUCAAAAGCAAGAAUUCAAAUUCGGAAAAGAAAUUGGCGGAAGCUGAAGAUUAUGGGAAGAGGAUUCGAGCUUCGUUUUGGGAGACCUUGAAGUCAUAUGGCAGUGAACCACCAGAGAACUGGCCGCCUCCUCCACCUCCAUCUGGAAAUGGGCUUUCAGUGCAUACACCACCUGGACCUCCUUUUGCUCCUGGCGUCAAUCUUAUUCGGGCAUCAGGUAAUGGGGGCAAUGGUGGCAGUGGAAAUGACAGUCGCAAUGGUGGUGGUAAUAAUGGAGAGAAAAGCAGCUGGGGUGGGUCUAAUCUGGGUAAAAAUUUACCCACGCCAAAGGAGAUUUGCAAGGGACUUGACAAGUUUGUCAUUGGCCAGGAACGAGCUAAAAAGGUGCUUUCAGUGGCUGUUUAUAACCACUACAAAAGAAUAUAUAAUGUGUCCUUACAGAAAGGGUCGAAAGCUGAUUCAGUUAGAGUAGAUGAUGAUGACAAUGUAGAAUUGGAAAAGAGCAAUGUGCUUUUGAUCGGCCCUACUGGCUCAGGUAAAACACUGCUCGCAAAAACCCUUGCUCGUUUUGUGAAUGUGCCUUUUGUGAUUGCAGAUGCAACAACUUUGACACAGGCUGGUUACGUUGGUGAAGAUGUUGAAUCAAUAUUGUACAAAUUGCUCGCGGCUGCUGAGUUUAAUGUACAAGCUGCACAACAAGGGAUGGUUUACAUUGAUGAAGUUGAUAAGAUAAUUAAGAAGGCUGAGAGCUUAAACAUCAGCAGAGAUGUUUCUGGUGAAGGCGUUCAGCAGGCACUACUGAAAAUGCUCGAAGGGACUAUAGUAAAUGUUCCAGAAAAGGGGGCAAGAAAGCAUCCUCGGGGUGAUAAUAUUCAGAUGGAUACAAAAGACAUCCUUUUCAUUUGUGGAGGAGCAUUUAAUGAUUUGGAGAAAACCAUUUCUGAAAGACGGCAGGAUUCAUCAAUUGGGUUUGGAGCUCCUGUUCGUGCUAACAUGAGAGCAGGUGGAGUGAUUGAUGCUGCUGUAACAGCAUCCUUGCUGGACUCUGUCGAAAGUAGUGAUCUUAUUGCAUACGGCCUUAUACCAGAAUUUAUUGGGCGCUUCCCUAUUUUGGUUAGUUUGUCGGCUCUAACAGAGGACCAACUUGUUCAGGUCCUCACUGAACCAAAAAAUGCUUUAGGUAAGCAGUACAAAAAAUUAUUUAGCAUGAACAAGGUGAAGCUACAUUUCUCAGAGAAAGCGUCAAGACUUAUUGCAAAGAAAGCAAUGGCAAAAAAUACUGGUGCAAGAGGGUUAAGAGCAAUACUGGAGAGCCUUUUAACUGAUUCUAUGUAUGAGAUUCCAGACGUGAAGACAGGAAAAGAUAAAAUAGAUGCUGUGGUUGUUGAUGAAGAAUCAAUAGGCACGAAAGAUGCCCCUGGAUGUGGGGGGAAAAUACUUCGUGGAGAUGGUUCUUUGGAGCAUUACCUUGCGAAAACUAAAUUGAAAGUUCAAGAGGAGGGUGUUGGAAGAGCUGAAGCAGAGUUUCAGGAAAGUGAAUCAGAAGUCUCAUCGAGAGCCAUGAGCAUGUAA